UUAGUUUUAGAACAAUUCUGUAUUAGUGGUAGAGGUGGUGGUGGAUAACAUGUAGUCUUUUCUUACGGUCUACUAUCUACAAAGAAAUUUCACUUUCUCUUAUACACAUAUACGAGCACGCGCGUACACACACACACACACACGCACACCGUUGGGACCCGUAUAAUCCCAGUCAUCAGUUACAGCUCAGCCCGUCUUGUUUUGUCUGCGCCGAGUGUCGAUUCGACGCUGUCGCCAACUGACGCACAGACGCACGUCAUUAGUUCUUCAAGAUCCCCCGAAAAAGACUGCGAGACAGUCCCACCGGUGUCGCAGGUGUGAAUAUGAACUGAUAAGAAGGCCAAGCGUCAAUUUCGUCUGCGCGAUUCCCAGUCCAACACCGGUCACGCAUCGGCGCUCACAGACCAUGAAGGUGUUCUCGUAUCAACGUCGGUUUGUGCAUUGUUUGGCUUUAUUACAAAUACUCUUUGGUUUGGAAUGAUCUGCUUCAGAACGUUAGUUUACAUUUUACACGCAAACGUGUGUUGCAUCUCCUCAUACUGGUCAGCGUAAAUUAAACCCGAGGCUUUUUGGUAACAGUUCACAUUCCGAGAUCCUCUUUCGCAACUGCUUCUUUUAGUAGACUUGACCGGCACAAGGAUCUGGUGAGCGAAGGACAAGUUAGAGUUCAAAAAUAUAUUACCUGAAACAUCAAAGUAUAAGUAAGAUCACGGUUAAAUUGGGUGAAUUGACACACAUUCAUGGAAAAAAUUCAAAAUCUGAAAUGUUCAUUUAAUGACCUAUUAAUGAUGGGGGUGUGAAGUGUUUAAAAAAAAUAAAUAAAUCUGAUAUUGAUCAGAUGAAUAACGACUGAAACCGUAAAAAGAGAUUCAAUCAGUCAUUGUCAUCUGCCCCAGGGCAAGAAUUCAAGCUGCUAACAACCACUAAGUGUGUGUAUAUGUCUGUGUGUGCGCGCGCUACAGCAGCCAAUCAGCUCGCAUGUGGGCGGUGCAUCCGAGUAUAAGUGCAGGUGUAGCGAGCUUGUGGACAGGUGUUGCAUCAUGGCGUCCUUCGUGCCUCUCUGCGAUCUCCCCCAGCUUCCGUCUGUGGCCGUGGAUCCCUGCGACUUCAGCCUCUACAGCCCCCCACCUCCACCCGAGCCCAGCCGCUCCUCACCGGCGUGCCUCCAACCAGACCUCGGCCUCGUCUCCGGGUCCAGAGGAGAACACUGCUACGGUGGGACCGCCUUCCCCAACUUCCAGGGUCCAUUCCUCCCCGGCGGGCCCUGGUACUCACCGGAAGGCAUCCUGCGUCUGGCCCGCCCGCCUUACUCCUACUCGGCCCUCAUCGCCAUGGCCAUCCAGAGUGCGCCCUCGCAGCGGCUGACACUGAGCCAGAUCUACCAGUACGUCUCCGAGCACUUCCCCUUCUACAGCCGCAAUAAGGCCGGCUGGCAGAACUCCAUCCGGCACAACCUGUCGCUCAACGACUGCUUCCGGAAGGUUCCGCGGGAGGAGAACAAUCCAGGUAAAGGAAACUUCUGGACUCUGGACCCAAACUGUGACAAGAUGUUCGACAACGGCAACUUCUGCCGCAAGAGGAAGAGGAAAACCGACAGCGUGACACCCACCAAGAAACGUCGCAACUCCUCGUCCGAGUCCAGUCCCAACUGUCCCAGCAUGCAUUGCGGCGCUGAGUUUUCUGCCCCGUCAGACCGGCAUAUCUCGUCUCAGCCCUCCGUGUACAUGCAGGUCCCGGAUGAGUCCUCUGUGCUUCCGCCGGCCCUUCCUCCUCUUCCUCCUCAUGGUUUUGCGUACUCGCCAGGAGCAGUGGUGCCUCAGUGGGACGCCUGCAGGCCUUCUUCUCCUCCUCCUCCUCCUCUUCAUGCCCCUGCCGUGUUCUCCCCUUCUUCACAGUCAAACCCUCUGCACUUCUCCCCGCCGUCACUGUACACCGACCUGGAGACCACGUACGCUCCUCUGCUGGAUCUCCAGGAGGGGCAGCAAGCGGAGUUGGAAUCCUUCCAGGCUCAACUCUUGGGGAGCCUCACGGAGGACCUGCCCCUAACUCGCUGGUUCUCCAGCAGAGACUCUGACGUUUUUGAAAUGUUCGUCACCGCGUGAAUGGCUCUAUUUAUUAUUGAUUUGUGUGAAAAAGUUGUAUGAAUUUUCUUUUGUUUUUGAAUAAAAAAUAAAUGCAUAAAUGGAA